UGGACCAUAGUGCUGCUCCCUCUCUAUUUCUCUCUCUCUUCCUUUUUCUCUUAGGUCUCUUGUGCAUACGCGAGAGCUGCGCUCAGCACCAUGGACACUCUUCGUCAGGUGGUCAACUUCGGCCCAGGACCCGCCAAACUUCCUCGCUCCGUUUUGCUGGAAGUACAGAAAGAAUUAUUAGACUACAAAGGACUUGGAAUUAGUGUCCUUGAAAUGAGCCAUAGAUCACCUGAUUUUGCUAAAAUUAUAAAAACAACAGAGAGUCUGGUUCGGGAAUUGCUAAAUAUUCCUGACAACUACAAGGUGAUUUUUCUGCAAGGAGGUGGGUCUGGCCAGUUUAGUGCCAUCCCCCUAAACUUGAUUGGACUCAAAGAAGCGAGGUGCGCUGAUUACGUUGUGACUGGAGCUUGGUCUGCCAAGGCAGCUGAAGAGGCCAGAAAGUUUGCUACUGUUAACAUUGUUCAUCCCAAACUUGAGCGUUAUACAAAAAUUCCUGAUCCAAACACCUGGAAUCUUAACCCAGAUGCAUCUUAUGUGUAUUAUUGUGCAAAUGAGACUGUCCAUGGUGUGGAGUUUAAUUUUGUACCUGAUGUCAAAGGAGCUGUCCUGGUUUGUGAUAUGUCUUCCAACUUCUUAUCCAAGCCAGUGGAUGUUUCUAAGUUUGGUGUGAUCUUUGCUGGUGCCCAGAAGAACAUUGGCUCUGCCGGGGUCACCGUGGUGAUAGUGCGGGAGGAUCUCUUGGGAUUUGCACUGAAAGAAUGCCCAUCUGUGUUAGACUACAAAGUUCAAGCCGGGAACAACUCCUUAUAUAACACGCCUCCCUGCUUCAGCAUCUAUGUCAUGGGCUUGGUCCUGGAAUGGAUUAAAAAUAAUGGCGGAGCUACAGCUAUGGAGGAACUUAGCCUAAUCAAAUCUAAAAUGAUUUAUGAUAUCAUUGAUGAAUCCCAAGGAUUCUAUGUAUGCCCAGUGGAGAAACAGAACAGAAGUAAAAUGAACAUCCCUUUCAAUAUUGGCAGAAUUAAGGGAGAUGAUGCUUUAGAAAAAAAGUUUCUGGAGAAAGCUCUUGACCUUAAUAUGAUCUCCUUGAAAGGGCAUAGGUCUGUUGGAGGAAUUCGUGCUUCUCUGUAUAAUGCCGUCACCACAGAGGACGUGCAGAAGCUGGCAGCAUUCAUGAAGACCUUUAUGGAAACAUAUCAGCUGUGAAUACUUCAGUGCAAGUUUAUAUACUGCCUAUUUAAAAAAUAGGCAGCCUAUUCAAAUAAUUGGCAUACAUACUUAUAAGCACAUAACAAACUAAGUUAUUUUUUCUCAUAAGCAAGCCUACUAGAAUUCUUUAAAAAACAACAAAACUGUUACAAGGUAGUUUGCCACUGCAAAGUCAAUAAUAGCUAACAUCUUCACUCUAACUAGAACUUUAAACAUUUUUUUAAAGUUAUACUCCCUAUGUUUAUGUGAGGUCCAUUGUUUUUCUUCCUUUUUGGUAGUUUUUUUACUUCCUAAAUAUCAGAACGCAAAUUUGGCCAUGUGCUUAACUGAGCUGUUUGAAUAUCCUGGCUUCCCUGGGUACACACAUCAGUGGUAUAGAAGGGACCAGAGACUUAUUUCUUGGUGUGCCAAGGACACAUUAGACCAGGGUCAGCAAGCUACAGCCUGGCUGCCAAACCUGGCCUUCUCCCUGUUUUUGUACAGCAUGCUAGCUAAAAAUGUUUUUUAUAUUUUUAAGUACAAUAAAAUUUCAUUUUAAAAAAAGAAGAACCAUUUUAACUUCCAGGAUGGCAGGCCAGAUUUGGCCCGCAGGCCAUAGUUUGCUAUGCUGGCUGUAGAGUAGUGGCCUGAUCAUUCACUUAAGGUCUGUUUCCAUUUAUUUAGACCCAAACUCGAUCACUGGUUGUGAGCUCAGAGACUCAAGGUAUAGGGCAAACUGGGUCUUCCUUUGUACUGUAUGUUCUCUUUUUAAAGAGACAAAAUGAUAAGAUGGUUUCUAGUAAGGUCUAUUUUUAAUAUCAUGUACUAUUUUUCUCUGUGCACUUAUAUUUCAAGUAGUAGUUCUUUGUACAUUCAUAAUCAUAGCUAUGCAAGAAAGCUUAUUUAGUAUAUUAACAAGGGACAGGGUAUGAGAUUUCUUUCUUUUUUUCUGCUUUUCUUCUGAGAUAGGAAGAUUAGCACCUUUCUGACCCCCCCACUCUCCUCCAAAGCCUCUCCUACCUGUUAAGUUCAACUGAAAGCCUUUGUUAGAAUACUCUAAACCUUUAUUCUCUUGGCUGUUUGUUUUUCCUCUAUUUGAUGGGUCAGCACUCUGACUUCUGACAUGCUCAGUGGAGAACCCUUUUCCCAUUCCUUUGUCUUUAUGUAUCAGUAUGUGAUACUGAACACAUUAAACCACAUUAAAAAUACUAAAACAUC